CUGAAUGGUGACUGCUAACAGUUAGCUUUUUUAUAUUUCAGAAGCACUUUUCCAUAAUGGUAUAUUUACCGGUUAGAGUUAAUUUCACUAAAUAGGAUAACUUUAAGCUACAUAUCGGUAGUCGGUGCGUUGGUUUUUUAUUACACACACACACAUUCUAGUUCUUCCUGUAGUUAGUUGCCCAAGAGUUUGCUAUAACAUUAGCUAGCUAACGUCAGUGUUUGAGCCAAACCGGGAGAUGUCUUAUUUAUGUUAGGUGCGUUAGCUUCCGUCAGCUAACUACUUCAUAGCUACUUGAAUUAAAGUUCAUACAUUAAUUCAUCAAUUUAGCAGUCUGAUGAUGAAUCACACACUGCCUGGCAACUACAUUCAACACCGUGUAAACGCUGUUAACUAAUAUUAACGUCACUCGAUGUCAUGCUGAACGUUUACUGGACAGUGGUCGUGCCCUGCCAGCUAGGUUGGCUAGCUAGAUAACUUCACAGGAAACCAGCCAUCGUCGACUUUGUGGAUGUCCAUAGUAUGCCAAUUAAACGUUAACCUUAACGUCACCUUCCUUGUAGACUAUUUUCCUAACAAAAGUCUUCCACGAUCAGCAUACGUUAUCCCAGGAUAUCCAGUCAAAAGCACAGUCACUGGGGAACUAUUGAGGACCGAGUCCACGCUAACACACCAAUCUCUCAACACGGGAGGCUCUCCUAGAACCAGCCCAGUCGCCGAGAGGUGUACGACAACGGCCGGCAGGGUGGCGAGAGAGAGCCAGGACGGGAGGCGUGGGGCGCCGGGGAUGAGCGAGUUCUGGCACAAGAUCGGCUGCUGCGUGGUCGCCAAGCCUCCGCCGAAGAAACGACGGAGGAAAAUCGACCGCACCAUGAUUGGAGAGCCCACAAACUUUGUCCACCUGACCCACAUAGGCUCUGGGGAGAUGGCUGAUGGGAUGGCUCCGUCUGGACCAGUACAGCAGCAGAUGAGGUCGAAGGUGCCCCAUAGCAAUGGCCGCAACAGCUUGUUAUAGCCAUCUAGCCUGCCGUGUGGAGGGUUAUUGGGCAUGUUCCCCCUCCACACCAGAGCAGUUUCCUCAUGGAGACCUGACCUCUGACCUCCCCGUGUAGCACUUGGCACACCUGCAGAAGAGACUGCAGCUGCUGACAUGCAGUCUGGCAUUCGUCACUUUCCGCAAGAUCCAUGUGCUACUCAUGCCAAAAAAACAAGGACUGCUUUACCCAGGAAUUUUUUUCCUCUCUCUCUCUCUCCACUUUCUCUAUGGUCCACUUUUCAAUACAAGAGAGACCACCUCUCUGUUUCUUUUUUUUUUUUUUUUUAAGUUAAGGAUGUAAAGUACCAAAAACAGGACACUUUUUAAAGCGUGAUGAAUUAUGUGGAUGUGUGUGAGAAGAAGGGUGUGUGUUUAGGGUGUGUGUUCAGUUUCUUCUAUGUAUUGAUACACUGGCUGUGCUCACCUCAUGUUAAAGGCCUUAGAGUCCCCUGCUGCCACCCUACAUCAGUACAGACACAGGCUCAUCCGCUGGCCAUUAGCCCAUGCUACACUCACAUGUGCUCAUUCUUGGACAGAGCGGCAGAUCAGAUUUAUCUAUCCCCAGUGACGGGGGUCACCACCUUUCUAAAUGUUUAAUGACUUCCUUUUUACACUUUUUUAUUUUUUUCUUCUUUUUUUUUUUUGUAAUCUUAUAGCAGUUUGUCAUUUACCUUUUGAGAGAAAUUAUAUAUAAAAAUAGGCUAUGUCAUACUCUAAACUAAAAUGUUUUAAAAUAACACGGGCUGUUCAUAUGGACUGCCCCCUGCACUGGUGUAUCUUUUAGUCUUCAUAUUGUCUCUGGAAUCCCGUGUCACAAAGUGAGAGAAGGUGGCUUUGUAUGUGAUGUAUGUGUGGGUGUGUGUGUGUAUAUAUCUUCACAUGCGAGAAAGUUCUAGUUGAUGCUGUCUGUUUGUGUUUGUGUUUGUGUCAUGAUGAAUGAUAAUGACGUUCCCUCUGCUUUCACCCUUUGCAGUUAACACUCACAAAACAAAUAUUGCCAAAAGGCUUUAUCUAUUUAGUGUUAUUUAAUUUUACAUUUCUUGCAUGUACCGCAGGUAUGUUGUUCCAAACAACAAUAUAGAAAGGACUGAACACUGGACAGUCUCCACCCAUGUGACCUCCUUCAGGGCUAUAUGGUGUCUGCACUCGCUUGCAUUGUCCUCCAUCAUGUUCCACUGAUCUGAGCUACACUCUAAGCCAGACCCCACCACUGAUUAAGGAGUCACACAGCAGUCAUACAGAUAUAGUCACACAGACCCAUUUGAUGCACCUGAUUGACUGAGAUUUGUAUGACACAUUUCGCCUCAAGUUACGUAAAGCACCUUUUAAUGCUUUUGCUUGUGCUUCAUGACUGUUGGAAUUAUUAACAGACUCACAAAUUGCAUUUACUAGCUUUGGUUGUCAGUUGUUGUGAUUGACAUUGUUUUAUUAAUGCCAGUUUAAUCUGAAACACCAAUGGUCAUUAUUAGUAUGGUCCCUCAUCAAUUCCAUGUCUUUAAAGGGUUCUCAACACAAAGGCACUUCUCAUACCCAAACGUUAAUAUGCUAAAGAUUCCAUCUGAACACUAACAGAGGAAUGGUGCCCUGCACAGACAGACUUGUUUAGGAAGCAUAGGAACAUUCCACCACAGGCAGGCUUAACCUGUCAUAAAUUAUUGUCACCAUGGUGCGGUUCAAAUUCUAUAGUGCCUUAUUUUCUUUCCUCCAGUUCUCCAAGUGAUUUGUAGUUAAGGCAUUGUAAUGUAUUUUUCUAUGGUUGAUUAUACUGUACUAUGACCUAAUUGAAUCAUCUUAUUUUAGUGGUGCACUAAACUGUUGAGUGUUUGUCUCAGUCAGAGUGUGAGGAUGCUUCAGGCCCAGUACAGGCGCCUUUUCAUCCCAAGUUGUUUGGAAACGCUGUCUUGGAGACCUGGAGCUGACUUUUUGGCUGCUGUGGGCUUUUCACACAAGCUUCGGCAGUCACUGUGAAGACCUCCAGAGCAUGCAUGAGUCAGAGUAUAAAUCGGUCCCAGAGACCAAAUCAGCUUGCGGGGGGAAACUUACAGGGGUUUCGUGUGGCCGGUUCAGCCAAUGUCUAGUUUUAUAACCACGCGGCCGAGUAUUGGAUCUGUUCCUCCAUUUAUGUGUGCUGUAAGAAAGUUAGUGAGGUUUGUGACUGAGUGAAAGAGACAGGUUUACGGCCUGUUGAGUUUGGAUUUACUUGUGGCUGUAUGGCCUGUUUGCUUUUAAUUAAUACACAAUUUUUUUUCCA